GUGCAGUAUUAUUAAAUUUCCAUUCUUUUCAAAUGCCAUUUUGUUGAUGAGCACGAAACAGUUGUUUCAUCAUUCCUAAGGCAGAUCAUCUUCUAUAGCGUCUCUAAUGGCGAAUUUCUGAAUAAUUCAAUUUGUGAGAGAGGAUCCGUUGUAAUCAUUUGGGCUUGCAAAGUGCAAACUAUGCAGAUUCAGGACGAUGGUAAGGAGAUUCGAUCCAAAGCCAACGAGCUACUUCUGAGAGAAGAAUGGGAAGAAGCCAUAGCUCUGUAUUCCCAAUACAUCGACCACUGUGAGACCCAAAUAAAAUUCUCUAACAAUGCAGAGCUGAAGAAGUCAGUGUGUCUGGCUCUUUCCAACAGGGCAGAGGCUCGAAUCAGGCUGAGAGACCUGGAAUACGCACUCCAAGAUGUUAACAGAGCAUUAGAAACCGAUCCAAACCACAACAAGAGCCUCUAUUGCAAGGGCAAAAUCCUCAUGGAGCUGGACCAAUAUUCCCAGGCCUCCCACUUCUUUCGGAUGGCUCUGCAACAGCACCCGAAUGCUACAGAAUUUCAGGAAAGUCUGGACAAGAGUCGCAGGUUCGAAUCGCAGGGCAAAACCGGUGUCUACGAUUUAUCAGAGUGGGUCUCGAGCGGCUUCAUGGGGAGGCCUCCCGAUUGUGCAGAGUACUUGGGCCCUGUUGAGAUUCGAUCCUCCGACGUGGGUUACGGCGAGCGUGGGCUCUUUGCUACCAAAGAUGUCGAGGCAGGCACGCUCUUAGCGGUUACUAAGCCGGUCGCCAUAGCCAGAGCUCUUCUGCCUGAAGCGUAUGCUGAUAAUGCCCGGAUGGUCAUAUGGAAGGACCUUGUAACCGAGAUCGAACGGGUCGUCAAGCGAUCCACCAAGAUGUUGAACAGAAUAUAUACAUUAGCAGAGAAUGACGAUGGUGACAGGAAAAAGGAGCUGGGGGUACCCCAUAUUGAUCUCUUUAGACCAAAUGUGGGGUACCAGUUUGAGACCUCAUGUGACCCUGUGGAUAUGGACAGGGUUCUGGGUAUAGCAGACCUUAAUACCCUUACUGAGAAGGGGUGUACGGUUAAGAGACUUGCAGCUGAUUUGUAUUGCUCUAGUGAGAAUGACUGUGUUGGGCUUUGGGUUUUGCCUGCUUUUGUGAACCAUUCUUGUUGUCCGAAUACUGCAAGAUUGCAUGUAGGGGAUGCUCUGUUUCUGCAUGCUUCAAGAGACCUCAAGGCAGGAGAUGAGCUCACUUUUGCUUAUUUUGAUGUGCUUCUUCCUCUGGGGAUGAGGAGAGAGCUCUGCAAGACAUGGUCCUUUGUUUGUAGUUGUCACAGGUGUGAAUUGGAGCAGUCUCUGCAGGAGAAUUUGAAAGACAUUGAAACAGAUUUUGCAAGAAUCUGUGAUAAGGGUGGAGAGAUGGACAUGACUAGAUUGGCAGUGAAGUUGGAGGAGAGGCUGACCCAACUGCAAAGGAGAUUGAAGGCCAAAGAUAGGCAACUGAUUCGAGCCUCAUUUGCUUCAGCCUAUUGGCCCAUGUUUAGGUCAUCUCUGCUAUUGAAGAGAUGGGGCAGGCAGAUACCUUCAAUUGAGACUCUCAUUGAUGCUGUUACCUCUGCUUUGCCUGGGGACGAGACUGCCCUCUGUGCUGCUGCUGCUGUGGUAGACAAGUUGAAGGCUAACAGGGGAUUAAGCUCCUUCCAGGAAGCCAUGGACCGCGCCCUUAGGAUAUGUAAAGCACUGUAUGGCAAACAGAUGAAGAUGCCUGUAAUGAAGGCUCUGAUUGAUGCACAUGUCAGAAACAGGGGUCUUAUUAUGCCCAAAUCUUAAAGCUUUCUAGCCCCAUUAGGCUUAAGCUCAGAACUUAGUUUCAGUAUAUUUUUCCUUUCCAGGUUAGAACUUCAUUUGUUUCCUCUUGAUAAGACAGAUUCUUUACCCUUUCCAUGACCCAAUUCAAAUUGUUUGAUUGUUUUUAUUUUUUAUUGAACUCAGCUGAGGAGAAAUCUAUCAGCUGUUUCUGAUUGUGCUCAUAGACAGGGGAAUCGCUGACUAUACAACCCCUCUGCUUCUUUUCCGCCCAGUUUGUAAAUGCAAGCACUAAGCACAUCUUUCAGAUCAAUCCUUACUAGUACAGGAACAUUUAGAAUUUUCUUACAUGCAGUGGUUACCACAACAUUGAGCUAUCAACUGGGGUUGACAUUGAUGCUCAGCUGGCAUAGUGAAAAUGAGGAUGACAAUAGUUUUGUAUUGUCCAUUGUUUUGAUGGCUAUAUGACUGAGUAUUUUUGAGAAGCAGAAUACCUCGAAAUUGUAUCAAAUUGAAAAAUACCUCAAAAUGUAAUCAUCUCCGUAUGGUUGUCCGUUAGCUCUGAAUAAAUAAACUUACGCUUAUUUUUGAAGCAUUUUCA